AUGCUGCCACAAAAUGCUGCCCGUGGAGCCAUCGGAGUUCAGGCAGCAGGAUGGGAGAAGUGUGUCCAGGAACCCCACACAGCAGAGGGAGCUGCAAUCCUCAAAGGGACAGCAGGCCACACCUCUCCUGGUUGUUCUCAAACAUAUUUCUUCAUCUGUUUUUCUUUCCCCUUAAAUCAGCAGGGAAAGAAUGUCAGCCCAAGAUCUUGGGGGAAUCGGAGUCCCUCAUAUAUACCUCCUUUUUAUUAAUAGAGCUUAGUGAAGGAGUUCAGCAAAGCACCAUCAGUAAGGUCAAUGCCAGUGGCUGGAUCGAGAGUGUGAGGCCUCACUCACUGCUUGUCACGUUCCUUAGUGCCCCAGGCAGUGUUUUCCUUCUCACUUCCAAGUCAUCAUAAGACCAGGCAGGGCGAGCUGCUUUGGCACUGGCAUCUGCUGAGUGAAUCCAUGUCUAUAACAGGAGAUACAUGGGAGGUGCAAACCAGCAGGCUUUCGAGAAGCAUUCCAGCUGCGAGUUGUCCUAACAGACAUUAAUAUCUUGAGUUAAUUCUCUCCUGGACAGAAGUUAUUUGUGAAAUAGAGGAGAAGCUAUUGCAUCCUCCUUUGUUUCCAAAUAAGUCACUUUUUCCUAUGAGAGCCAUGUUAUUUUUUCUUUGAAGAAUGCUGUCGUCAUCAUCUGUCAGAGCUCUCACAACAAAUCUUUUCUUUUUUCCCACCAUAUUUUUAGCAUUAGCCCUCUGCAUGUACUAGGUUAUUCUUGUGUUAUUUAAACUCAGAAUGUACAUCGUGGAUUUCUUAAGAAGAUUUUUAAAAAGAAUUUUAUUAGUGCCUCUUAGCCAGAAAGAUAGAUUUUCUGACCAAAAUGCAAAAGCAGAACUUGCAUCUUCACUCUGUCAUUAAUUCUAAGUCUGAAGAGAAAGAAGAACUGACACUUGUAGUUUGUUACACAGAUUAUGAGUGAUUUACGUGGUAUGCUUGCAGAUUGGACUGUAAUGUUCUGCAGGCCUAGGAUGUGUUUAUGCAACGGUUUUACAGAUGGCACAAAUGCAGUUGUAGGUAGAGCAGCCAAACGAGGCCACCUCGUCCUGCAUUUCUUCAGCCUGCCCUCCCAGAUCUGCUGCAGGAGGGACCAGAGCUUUGUUUUGUGAAAGCUAAACAUUCCCUCUGUCUCUGAAGGCAGCCAUUAGCAGAGCAGGGCUCCUCUUAUAAACAGUGUAUGAAAAGCUAUAAACAAAGCUAGGGAAGUGUAUAGAAGGCUGCAAUCAAGGCUAUUUCAGGUCUACCUUUAGUUUAAACUACUGUUACUAACACCAUGCUGCUUUUCUCAUGGGCACCUCUUGUCUCUGUUCCUCUUAGCAAGAGCACACACACUGAAGAAAUGGAGAAACUCAGUCGGCUGGAAGCUCUGCUGCUUACUGCUGUGCUGGAGAACUGUGCUGAUCAGCUCGCAAUCCUUGGCUACAUCAUGCCAGUUUCACACGAGGGCAAGACGGACACCAGCCAUGUAUGUGCCUCUUGCUCUUUAAGAAAAUACCUCUCAUUUUUCUUCUUGUCCUUUACGUCUUCUAUUAGCUUUCUUUAAAUAGCCACUCAGGUAUUUUUUUCUCCAUGACCCUUCAGGGGAAGAAGCAAUAAAAGCACACAGAUGAUCAGUUUUAAUAUCUGUACUGCAGCAGCACUGAGAAGCAUUUGGCAAGGCUGUGCAAAGGACUCUGGUGACCUAAGAUGAGGUUCCAAGGCUUAGUUUUAAAACCUCCAUGGUUAGAUGACAAGUAAAGGAUCGAGGAAAAAUAAACAAUACAUGUCUGAAGUCUUAUAUAAGUGCAUUGCCACUUCUGAAUUACUAACAAACAAGAAGUAUGACCCAAAUCAGGGUCAUUCUGAUACUCUGUGAGUGCUGAGGCUCCUCUAGUCCCCACAGACAACAAAUGAAGAAAGAUUUCCCUUCAAAAUGUAUUAGUAACUACUCGUUAUUAACGUCUGUUAUUAAUUAAUUGAUUUCUAAUAGGCACCACAACUAAGUGGUUUUGGGGAGAGGUAUAAAGUACAGAUCUGUGCUCAGGCAGGGGUUUAUUGUUUUCUGUAUGUAUGGUGGCUGUUAAGAGUAUGUGAUAGACACAAGAAACAAGGUGGGAUCGUCUCGAGGGGUAAACUGCUGUAAGUUCUGUUCUCAUAUAUUGAAGUGAUAAGCAGGGCUGUUUUCAAGUUGAAAAAGAGUUUGAAAUUUGCUUAACUAAAAACGACGGGAAAAAAAUAAGUGUGACCUGGAUGGAAAUAAAACCUGAGCUCCAAGUUUUCAGACCUAAUGCUAUUCAGUGCCUGAUGUAUCAAUUAAGAAUGGAAGAGGAAAGUAAAUCAAUAAAUCAUCGGCAGAAGCUGCUCGACACUGAAUUUAGGGCGUGAGCGAUGCUUAGGCUGUGCGAUAGAGGGCGCUCCUCUCCUUAGAAGAGCACGGUGAGCCAGUCCUGCCUGUUUGCCGAGGAUGUUUCUCCCUCACAGAUGUGGGUGUGAAAGCUCUGCUGUGCCAGCAGCAGCAACACAGAAACAACAGAUCUCGACAAGGGUGGGAGCUGUUCCCCUUCACACGAUCUGAGGUUGACAGACCUCCUAAAGGUACACUUAGUUUUCCUCUUCAAACACAGAGGCUCAUUUUUACUAAGUAAUUUCUUUACACACAGUUUUCCCAUAGAGUGCAAUCCUCAGUAGUGUUCUUAAAGAUGCAAAUACAGAUCAAGGAGGAAACAGUUUAGAAAACAGAGAAUGGCUCUGGGGAAGCUCCUUGCUAACUCUGGUGUUCUGCAAUUCACUGCUUGUCCCUGUUCUCAUUUACAUUUACCUCUUGUCACUGCGUUUGUAUUUGCAAAGCACCCUUCAUGCUACUUGAGCUGUCAGUCCAACAGACCUGUGGCAUUUUCAUUGAUUGACAUUUCAUAUACUGACAUAUUCAAGUGCUGGCAUUUUUUAGAGCCUUAGUCACAGUGUUGCUUGUUCCUAAAUCAGGGACUCUUGUAGACUGCUUCAUGCAGUGCAUUCCCCAGAGGAAGCAGCCUUUCUGUCUGCUAGAUUUGGGGCAAAAGACCAGCAAAAGAUAAACAGCUAGGGACUGCACGGAUGGCACCACAUGCAAUUUACAGUCUCCUUGCUCUCCUGUAGUUCUUUAGCAAUUAUUAGUGCUUAAUUCUCUACUGUUUACAGAUAAUCCAGUUAUAGCCUGUCUUGAGCUUUCCCAGACAUUACAAACACCUAUUACAGCAUCCAUAAAAUCUACAUGAUAUUAAAGCCAUUUGUUUGCCUAGAAUAGUUAUUUCAGAAAUACAGCCUUCACCAUCAACCCAUUUAAACCCCUUUUUCUUCCUGCUAAUUAACCAUGUAAUUUUCAUAGGUCUCCUUAUACUUUGCAUGAGAUUCAUGUCAUGUAAAUUUCACCGUCCAAAAAUUAAGCACGGAGUCGCUCAGUCUCCUUCUGCACCCAGCGCUGAGUCACGCAGAGCAGGGGCUGCUUCCUCCCCUCCCGAGCUGCACGCUGCAUUCAGGAGGAUCAGCCCUUUGCAGUGCCCUGCACUCUGCCCCACUGAGCACAGCAGCACCUCGGAACACGAACGGAGCCUUUCUCCAUCAGGGCCUUCUUGGAAUGACUGCUAGCAUGCACUGUUCCCAGUCUGACCUCUUGUUUUCGCUCUGCCCUCUGUGCUGCGUUGGCACAAACAUUCGUGUGGUUGUGCUGUGAUCUGGACUGCUAAAAAUAUAAUUAUUUUUUCUUUUCUUGCUGGAAAACGUUUCCUGUCAGCGAGUUCUUUUUUCCAUUUCACAAGCAGCCAGGGUGGGCAGUAGGCAGCUAUGGGCUAGGAUGAGGCUGGAAGCCUCUGCAUUAGCUGGCUCUGCUGGUACUGCUAUUAAGUACUUAGCGACAGGCUAAGAUCAGCUCUUGUUGUAACAACUACACUGUAAGCAAAGGCCUUGGUGACAGGCAGGGCUAAGACAAGCCGAGAUAGGGAAAAGGCUGAGGAGAAACAGACUAACAAGCUUCCUGUACAUAAAAGCUGCAGCAAAGAAGGAAGGAAGGCUUUUUUUUCUGUUUCUACAGAGACUGGGACAAGAAAUCAGGGGCUCAGCUGCUGAAGUUUCAGAAAUAGCUUCCUUACAAGAGUGGCACGCUGGUACUGACUGCAGAGCAUAUGGUCUCCAUGGCCGGGGGUCUUUAAGAAUGUAUCAGACAAACGUCUGAAUCAUCACCUCCUGGGGCAGAUCAAGAGCCAGAAAAUGAAAGAAAUCACAGACACCCAGAAUGUGCUGGACAUUAAGUAUCAAGAGCUCAGCUCUGCAAGGCAGGGGAGGGGGGAAACUGUUACCUCCAAGUCUUGGAAAAGCACUGAAUGCAAGCAGCAGCUGGCGAACUCUGAGGAUCCAAAAAGAGCCCAUCAUAUUUCCACAAGGGCCAUGAAACACAGUGCUCUGUCUGCAGAUGAUCUCAGAAAAAUUCAGGCUGACAGGCAGCAUGUGAGUGAUGUAAUUACAGCCACUAUGAAGAAGAUGGAGGAAUCAGGAACAUUUGAUAGCCUAAUAGAAGCUAAUGGGAGAGAGAAGGCAAAGAAAAGCAACUUGAAUGACAUCCUCAUCAGGGAGGAAGAAGGAAAGAAAGAGAUAAAGUCACUCCAGAAACAGCUGCAAGAUGUCAAGAAAGAAACUGAAAUAGAACUUCAGAACCGAGAUAAAGUGAUUCUCUACCUCAAACAUGAGCUUCAACAGAUGGAAGCCAAAGCAGCCAUGGAGGACCGGUACAUGAAGAGAAGCACAGAGCUCCAGGUGCACCAAAUCCAGAAGAAGUGCAGCAAUGCAGAGAACAGACUGAACAAGGAAAUUGAGGAUUUGAAGAGGAAAACUGACGAGGAGAUCCGAGUGCACAUGGAGAUUGAAAAUUUCCUCAGGCAUUACCACAAGAAGGUGGAAGAGAAGCUGGAAUAUUGGGUGGACAAGCAUGAAAAUGACACAGACGCUAAAGAUAAAGAACUCAACACCCUAAAAGAAUCAAAGGCAAAGAACCUGGAAAUGCUGCAGAGAUUUGCCAGCGAGUGCUGGACGUUUGAGGAAACCAUCAUCGCUGACCGGGCACAAAAAGAGGCUGAAAGACGAAAACGAGAGCAGGAUGCCCUGGAGCUGAAGAGCAUCCUGAAGCUGCAGGCCUGGUGGAGAGGUACAAUGGUCCGCAGAAACCUCGGCCCCUAUCAGAACCUCCGGAAGGCUCAGGAGAAGAAUCUGUCACCUGAGAAAGGCAAAAAGGAAAAACCUGGAGCAAAGAAAAAGACGCGCUAAGAAACGUGGCCACAGAUGUACUCCAGGGCUGCUACUGGGUAUGCAAGUAGAUAAGGGGGAAAGCUUUGGAAAGAAUCCAUACCACAGCAAUAGCUGCGGCAAACAGGACUUAAGAACGGGAAGGCACGGUUAGUGUGAGAC